AUGGAUUACCUGUUUCGGAUUGUAAUCCUGCUGGUUAUGGUGGCAUUGCCUGGGAGAGUGGCACUGCACAACUCCAAGAGGAAUGUGCCACGGCUUCGGCUUUCCUACAAGGAAAUGCUAGACUCCAGUAAUCUCGUGACUUUCACUGGACAAGCUAACAGUUCGGGUUAUGACACAUUUCUUAUGGAUGAGGAACGAGGGAGGUUAUACGUAGGUGCAGAAGACCAUAUCUUCUCUUUAGACCUUGUCAACAUUAACAGAGACCUCAAACAGAUUGCCUGGCCGGCCACACCUUCAAAACGAGAUGAGUGUAAGUGGGCAGGAAAAGACCUAGAAAAGGACUGCUCCAACUUUGUGCGGGUGUUGCAGCAGUAUAACCAGACCCACCUGUAUGUAUGUGGCACUGGAGCAUUCCACCCCAUUUGUGCUUACCUGGAGAUCGGUAAAAGAGCAGAAGACAACAUUUACAGGCUAGACAUGUCCCACUUUGAGAAUGGACGUGGAAAAAGCCCCUAUGAUCCAAAGAUGUUGUCAACCUCCCUGCUGCUUGAUGGGGAGCUAUACUCUGGAACGUCAGCAGACUUCAUGGGUCGAGAUUUUGCUAUUUUCAGGACCCUCGGAGAUCAGCACCCGAUUCGGACUGAGCAACAUGAUUCCAGAUGGUUGAAUGAUCCCAAGUUUGUUGGCAUUCAUCUCAUUCCUGAAAGUGAUAACCCAGAGGAUGACAAAAUCUUCCUGUUCUUCAAAGAAAAUGCCAUGGAUGGAGAACAUACAGGGAAAGCUACCAUUUCAAGAAUUGCACAACUGUGUAAGAAUGACGAGGGAGGACAUAGAAGUCUAGUGAACAAAUGGACUACAUUUCUAAAAGCUAAACUCACCUGUUCAGUUCCAGGGCUCAAUGGAAUAGACACACACUUUGAUGAACUACAGGAUGUAUUUUUAAUGAGUGCCAAAGACCCAAAGAACCCUGUAAUUUAUGCUGUCUUCACUACCUCCAGUAACAUCUUUCAAGGAUCAGCUAUCUGCAUGUACAGCAUGGCUGACAUCAGGCGGGUGUUUCUGGGCCCCUAUGCCCACAGAGAUGGGCCAAACUACCAGUGGGUGCCCUUCCAAAGCAGAGUGCCCUAUCCCCGCCCAGGCACAUGCCCCAGUAAAACCUUUGGUGGCUUUGACUCCACCAAAGAUCUUCCAGAUGAUGUAAUCAUGUUUGCUCGUCUGCAUCCUGCCAUGUAUAACCCAGUGCAGCCUAUAGGUGGUCGGCCUAUUGUGGUGCGCACAGAUGCUGAGUACCAGUUUACUCAGCUGGUGGUGGACCGUGUGGAGGCUGAGGAUGGACAGUAUGAUGUCAUGUUUAUCGGAACAGAUAUGGGCACAGUUCUAAAGGUGGUGACCAUCCCCAGGGAAAGUUGGCAUGAUCUGGAGGAGGUGGUGCUUGAGGAGAUGACCGUCUUCAGUAUGCCAACCGCAAUCACUGCUAUGGAACUGUCUACUAAACAGCAACAGCUAUACCUGGGUUCAGAUAUGGGAAUAUCGCAAAUGCCACUGCAUCGCUGUGAGGUGUAUGGAAAAGCAUGUGCUGAAUGCUGUUUGGCCAGAGAUCCGUACUGCGCCUGGGACGGCACAGAGUGCUCCAGAUACUUUCCCACUGCUAAGAGGAGAACAAGACGUCAAGAUAUCAGAAAUGGAGAUCCUCUCUCCCAGUGCUCUGAUCUGCAACACAGUGACGAUCUUGAGGGCUACAGCAGUGUAGAGGAAAGGAGUGUGUAUGGAGUGGAGAACAGCAGUAUGUUCCUGGAGUGCAGCUCUAAAUCUCAGCGUGCUGUCAUCUACUGGCAAUUUCAGCGACCCAAUGAUGAAGUAAAACUUGAGAUUAAGGUGGAUGAGAGGGUAAGUCACACUGAUCGUGGCUUACUGAUUCGCAGUCUGACCCAAGCCGACACAGGAGUGUAUCUCUGCCAUGCUGUGGAGCACGGCUUCAUCCAGCCUUUGCUUCGCCUCACUCUGCAGGUCAUCCCAUCUCAACGUGUGGGGGAACUGCUGCUGCGUACAGGUGCUGCAGAUCGCAACUCAGCCAAACAAAAGCUCUGGUAUCAAGACUUCUUGAGCAUCCUAGAGCACCCGGACCUCAACAGCGUGGAUGAGUUUUGCGAGCAUGUCUGGAAGAAGGAGCGCAAGCAGCGUGGCAAGAAACCUCCCAAAGCUGGGCUUGGGCUUGCCCAGGCUCAGAGGGGCGCCCAGUCUGCCAGCGUAAACCUGCAGAAUUAUAAUGACAGCCCAAAAGCUACAAAUAACUCUAAUCCUAAUCAACCAAAGUCACCUGGGACACAAAGACGCCAAGGCUUACAGAGUACAACUACCACAGAGAACCAGAACUCCAGGCCAAAUCCAAGCACCUCAACACCAUUGAGAUCUCAGGAAUCUCAGAGUCAGGGCAAGAGAGGCAGUCCAGCAACCAGGAGAACACCAGCCAGCACAGCCAAGUGGAAACACCUCCAGGAGAACAAGAGGGGGCGCAACCGCCGCACCCAUGAACAACAGAGACCGCCUCGUAGCGUGUGAUGUCAGAAUUUUUGACACAUGUAUACAAACACAAAUAAACAUACAAACAUCAUUUGACCUAUCCAUUUGCACUUUGGAAC